CCGCGUGGAAGCGGCGGUCGCGGCUCCGUCCCACCCCCGAGGCCGGAGAUGGCGACGGCGGCGAAGAGGCCCAAGGUGGCUGCAGGGGGCAGCCCUGCAGAGGAUGGCAGAGCUGACCCCCUUUCUGGCUUCUUGGACUGGUGUGAGAAAGUCGGGUUGGAGCUCAGCCCAAAGGUAUACGUGAGCAAAGAGGGCACAGUGUCAGACUACGGCCUGUUGGCCAGAGAGGACCUCCAGAUCGGAGAAGUCCUCUUCACUGUUCCAAGAGCUGCGCUCCUGUCCCAGCACACCACCUCCAUCUGGUCCGUCUUGGAAAAAGACCAAGCGUCUCUGGAGAGUCAGUCUGGCUGGGUGCCUCUCCUUCUGUCUUUGCUGCAUGAAUACACGGCCAGCAACUCCCACUGGCGUCCCUACUUUUCACUCUGGCCUGACUUCAGCAGCCUGGAUCACCCCAUGUUCUGGCCUGAAGAAGAGAGGGUGAGGCUCCUACAAGGCACUGGCAUCCUAGAAGCGGUGGACAAAGACCUGGCCAACAUCCAGCUGGAGUACACCUCCAUCAUCCUGCCCUUCAUGGAGUCCCACCUGGACCUCUUUGACCCCAAGCUGCAUACGCCAGAGCUGUACCAGAGGCUGGUUGCGUUCGUCAUGGCCUAUAGCUUCCAGGAGCCCCUGGACGAGGAAGACGAGGAUGAGAAGGAGCCCAACCCACCCAUGAUGGUGCCCAUGGCUGACAUUUUGAAUCACGUGGCCAAUCACAAUGCCAACCUGGAAUAUUCCCUGGAGUGUUUGAAAAUGGUCACCACGCAGCCCAUCGGCAAAGGCCAAGAGAUCUUCAAUACCUACGGCCAGAUGGCCAACUGGCAACUCGUGCACAUGUACGGCUUUGCUGAGCCGUACCCCUGCAACACGGACGACACUGCCGACAUCCAGAUGGUGACGGUGCGCAGGGCUGCCUUGCAGGGUGCCAGCACUGAAGCGGAGCGGCAGCUGGUCGCUGAGCAGUGGGAUUUCCUUUGCCAGCUGGAGAUGGUGGGGGAAGAAGGAGCCUUUGUGAUUGGCUGGGAGGAAGUGUUGACGGAGGAAGAGCUCUCCAUGACGUUGAAGGUGCUGUGUAUGGCUGCAGAGGAAUUCAAGGAGUUUAAAGAGCAUGAGGGCUGGGAAGACGACACAGAGGAUGAAGAGAGCUUUACUUUGUCUAAUGAGACAAUACCCAGACUCAAAGCCUCAUGGAAGAAGCUUCUCCAUGACAGUGCGCUGCUGACACUGGAGUCUUACAGCUCAGACCUGAAAGCAGAGCAGGACUUGCUAAACGACAAAGUGGCUUAUGGCAAACUAAGCCCAAGAGAGCAGCAGGCCUUGCAAGUGCGCUAUGGGCAGAAGAGGAUCUUGCACCAAUUGCUGGAGCUGACAAGCUAGCAGAGGCUGAACUGGGAAUUGCAGCCUUUGUAUAAAGCAAACCUUGUGUUCUCAUCCCCUCUGUUGGGGUGGAUGGGUUGGCCCCUUGUAUUCAGGAAGAACAGACGGUGAGUUAAUUUGGACCCAGUUAUUCCUGGGAUUUCUGUAGUGGCUUUUCAUCUACCUCUUGACUUUCUAUCAAUUACAUACCUGUC